GGGCGGGGGGGGGGGGGUAGCAUGUGCCGGCCAGGUGGAUAAGGGGGGGAAGGACACACACAGCUCGGCAUUUGGCAGGCCCCAAUCACAAUGCUGGGCUCUCGGGCAAGAGCUUACUUGCCUUACCCCUUUAUCGUUGUGCCUUAUGCCCGUUCGGCAGGAUUGUUGGUGGCGCGGCAGCUUGGGUACGAAGCUCACAUUGUGUGCCGGGUGUUGGAGCUGUAUGUGUCUUGCACGUGCCCAGAUGACCGAGGGGGGGAAACUCCUCGGCUCGAUGGCAGGCUACUUACGCGGUUCCGGGGUCGUCGUGCUUCUGAAGUUCGGGCGGUACUUUUGUGGAACCAUUGACUCCCUUUUAUCCGCUGUGUGUGUGUGUGUGUGUGUGUGUGGUGGGAGCGCCAACUGCUGUGCGUUUUUGUGAUAUGAUAUGAUGACUGGUGG